GCGAAACUAAAAGCGAACAACCUUACUUGUAGAACCUUUCGUCCACUUGCUCGCGAAAAAAAAGAGUACAACCUCAUUUUUGGAAUCUUUCAUCCACGUGCCAUCAAAAAAUCUUUCGUCCACUUGCUGGCGAAAAUAAAGCGAACAACCUAAUUUUUGGAAUCUUUCGUCCACAUCGCGUGCGCCGUCAUUUGUUUGUGUUUUCAUUGAAAAGUAAUAAAAUGGGCAACCGAAGGCAAUUGAAUGCAUUUUCGUUCAGCGUUGGAGACUUCGUCUUCGCGAAAAUGCGAGGAUUUCGCGCAUGGCCCGGCCGCAUUGUAAACCGAAUUGGCAGUGAAUACAACGUGUAUUUCUAUGGCACGUGGGAUCAUGCAAAGGUGUCAGAGAAUCAAAUUUUUGACUUUGCAACGCACUCGAGUCGGUACGGAAGAGUGAAGAAUGAUCGUGACUCCAAGGCCGUCCGUUCGUUCAAAGCUGCCAUGCUGGAGAUUCAGCUUGCCAUGUCUGAGCCCGAUCUGGACAUUUCUUACUUCAAUACGGUGGGUCAGCUAACGGAGGAGGGUGUAAACCCAGAGGAUGCUGCCACUGAAUCCAGCGUCCCGGACUCCGACUCGGACUCGGAUUCGGACAAUGGUUCGAUUAAGCAAAAACUUCCAUCCAAGCUUCACAUAGUCGGUGACAGCGACAGCGACAACGAGCCGGAGACGGACGCGAAGGAGAACAACUCUCCAAAUUCAAACUAA